ACGGAGGAUUGGUUGCUUAGUAGCAUUCAAAUUUAUAUAACUCUGCUUUCGUUGCUUAAUUAAUUUUCAGAGGAAGGGGGCGACGCCAGCAGGUGAUGCCAAGACUAAGGUGGGGCGGAAGAUGGGGGUGGUGCAUCGGAGGCUCUCUUUGCUUGGAAACGGCGGCAAGCACGUUGAUUACGAUGAUGGUUUUGAGCCGACGACGGAUGAGAAGCUUGCUACUAUUGUUGGUCAACAAUCUAAGGCAGUUGAUGACUGUGAUGAUCCAGAUUGCAAGGACGAAUUCGUUCCUUUGAGAGGUGAGAAGGUCGAUGCUGCUGUUGGUCAACAAGCUAAGGCAGUUGAUGACUGUGAUGAUCCAAAUGACAAGAUCAUGAGGCCCACGAGUGUGGAGAAUGGGCAAGAAAGGCGUCCAGGCUUUCUUUAUAAACAAGGAGCAAGAAUGUCUACAGGAGGUAAUCUAGGCUUUCGUUAUAAACGCGGAGCAAGAAUGGCUGCAGGUUAUAAAAGGAAGGAGUGGCAAUUAGGGUCCAAAUCUUCUAGCAACAAGGAGGAAGAGAAACCAACGUUGGUUGAUAGCAGAAGCAGCAGUAUUCAACUCGUGAGACCGACAAGAUUUAAGGUGUGCACAAGUCCAGAGAACAGGUUCGCUACAACUGGUGGAGCGUCUCAUCACCCGAGUUUUGACACGUCCACUCCAAGCAAUACCUUAGAAGAAGAAAGUUCAGAUGAAGAUGAGGAUUCGGAGGUUACCCCAUCAAGCAGCAACACAUUCAGCGAUAAUACCGAUUUUGACGCUCUUAAAAGCUUUGCAGACUUUAAUAUCAUCCUUGAUGAUUUGGUCAUCGACCGCGAAUUACUCCCCGGUCACCUGCGUAGGAAGUACUACCAGCUCUGCUGCGACAGGAAGAUGUUCCUCCAUAGGCAUCUGAUGAAGCCCAUAAACCCUGUGCUCGCCGCAGGAGUAAUCUCACAGACGGUCGACAUCGCUCAGGGCAUCAGGACCUCCUAUGCCUCUUCCUCUUUCCUCGAGGACCUUGCGUUUUGGAAGACGACCCUGGAGGGCUGGAGGCCUUGGAGGGCCUGGGUGGUUGUCCUAGAGCGAGACCGUGAGCUGGAGAAGAUCAGAGCCCUCAGGUCGGAGUUGUCAAGCCUGAAUGACGCUCUGAAGGGCCUGGGCAUGGACAUUGCCUUCCUCCGCAAGCCCGUCGAUGACCUCCAGGUGGCUGUCCUGGAGCGAGACCUUGACCUGGAGACGAUCAGAGCCCUCAGGUCGGAGUUGUCAAGCCUGAAUGACGCUCUGAAGGGGGUGGGCAUGGAGCUGGAUGAGAUUGAGGAGUUGGCCUCGAAGAUUGAGGAGUCGGUCGCGAAGAUGAAGGUGGCCUUGGGUAUGCCGUAG